AUGUUAUCCAGCUUAAGGACUGGAGUUCAGGGUCUGUGGAGGGUUUCAUCGAGAGCUCUACAGACUACUGCAAAUUUACAACAUGAUAGUUUAUUCGUACACCGAGACACUCCUGAAGACAAUCCAAAUAUCCCGUUUGAAUUCUCACCAGAAAAUAAAAAGCGUGCUGAAGCCCUAUUAGCUAUAUACCCUGAGGGGCACAAGAGAGGAGCCAUGAUUCCACUGCUAGACCUAGCACAGCGCCAAAAUGGUGGUUGGUUACCAAUCUCUGCAAUGCAUAAAGUUGCUGAACUAUUAAAUUUACCGCGCAUGAGAGUAUAUGAAGUGGCCACUUUUUAUACCAUGUUUAUAAGGAGGCCUAUUGGCAAAUACCAUGUUCAAGUAUGCACCACUACACCCUAUUGGUUAAGAGGUUCUGAUGCAGUAUUGAAAGCUAUUGUAGAAGCCACUGGUUGUGAAGUUGGUGGAAACAGUUCUUGCGGAAAGUUCUCAGUUUCUGAGGUAGAGUGCUUAGGAGCUUGUGUGAAUGCACCCAUGGUACAAGUUAAUGAUGAUUACUAUGAAGACCUGACUGUUGAAGAUACUAAAGAGAUUAUUGAAAAGCUCAAAAGGGACGAAAAACCCAAACCUGGACCAAGGAGUGGUAGAUACGCAGCAGAGCCUCUUGGUGGGUUGACAUCUCUGACCGAAGAGCCGACCGGCCCCGGCUUCGGACUACAAGACGCUUUGAAGGCG